UAAUAUGGUCGUUUCAAAAGAAGAACCGACGAAAAUGGUGAAGCUUUUUAAGAGAGAAUGGAGCAUGAUAGACAAAGAAAUGGCUUUCUUUUAUGUCUUUAUUCAUGUAGUUUGUAUUUUUGCACCGUUUCACUUCAAUUGGAGUGCGUUUUGGGUUGCCUUUGCAUUACAUAUUAUUACAUGUCUUUUCGGUAUUUCUAUUUCGUAUCAUAGAAAUCUUUCACAUAGAAGUUUCCAGCUUCCCAGAUGGCUUGAAUACUUGUUUGCUUAUUGUGGGGUUCAUGCGCUCCAGGGUGAUCCAAUCGGUUGGGUGAGUACGCAUAGGAGUCACCAUCAAUUUGUUGAUACUGAAAAAGAUCCACACAGUCCUAUUCAAGGAUUCUGGUUUAGUCAUCUGACAUGGAUGUUUGAUUCCAAUUCUUUGACUAAAAAAGUUUGUCCAAAGUAUUUUGAUAAUUUUGAAGAGGUAAAAAGAAGYGGUUGUGUGAUUGUUGGAAAAUAUGGGAGACCAGAUAAUGUCAGUGACUUGGAGAAGCAAACUUUCUAUAGAUUUAUUCAAAAAACGUAUCUUCUUCAUCCAAUUGCUCUUGCAUUCCUACUUUAUGCCCUUGGAGGACUACCUUUUCUUAUUUGGGGAAUGUGUGUGAGGACUAUAACGUGCCUACACAUAACAUUUAUGGUGAACUCAGUAUGUCAUAUAUGGGGAAAGCAACCAUGGAAAAAUGGCGAUUUAUCUAGAAACAACGGGUGGGUGGGUUUGCUUGGAUUUGGAGAAGGCUGGCACAAUAACCACCAUGCAUUUGAGUAUUCAGCUAGGUUUGGACUCGAAUGGUGGCAAAUUGACUUUGGCUGGUACGUUAUCAGGCUCCUCCAAGCAAUUGGAGUGGCCACUAAUGUCAAAGUACCCUCUCAAAGCCACAAGCAAAGACUCGGCACGACAAACCAAAAAGACAUGCUUAAAUGAUAUUUUAAAUCUAGAAACGAUAAGAUUUUGCUCUUCACCGGUGAGGAGCAAUCUUGUCUUUACCAUCGUUAAAUACUUUACAACUCAUUAUCAUUCAAAAAAAAAAAAAAUUUGUUUUUGCUUUAUCUUUCUCAGUUGUCAAAUAUUUAAUGGUGGUAAAGACAAGUUGUUUUUUACUGGCAAAAAGUCAAGUUUUAUCCAUAUAGAAAUAAUUAUGUCUCCACAAUAAUGAUGUAAUAUGUUACUAUAAUACAUUAUAAGUUAAUA